ACUGAGCCGAAACUUUUCAGCUUGCUUCCUUCUUCUUAAAAGUGAUAAUGUGGGGAAGAUGAGUGUCAUUCGUACCCUCUCCGUCUUUCUCUGGGGUAGCCAUGCACGUUCAGUCACCAUUCCCGGACCCGCCAUCGCCCAUGGACAACAAUGCGUACAACGUCAUGCUGAAUCGACCUGACCAGCGAGAGUGGAAGGAUUACACACUUCACAUUGACACUAUUACUGGCAGAAAGCGGUCAUUUUAUGAGUUUCGAGAAAGGGUGCAAGACGCGGCUGCUGCGCUAGGAGGACCGGUCUCGGACGGUUGCUUGGGUCUUAGUGCUGAGCAUGGCGAAAUGGUGGGAAUCAUCAGUGAGAAUUCUUCAGAUUAUGUUGUACUAGUGCAAUCACUGUUGUACCUGGCGACGCCUUUCACACUGAUAUCUUCAUAUUCCACUCCUUUCGAACUCGCGCAUGCAUUAAAGCUCGCUAAAGUGACCACCGUUUUCGUGCAGGCCCGCCUGUUUCCUUUAGUAUUGUCUCAAGCAAAAGAGGCUGGCUUGUCAAGGAAGAAGAUAUUCAUUUUGGGAGGACGUAUCAGGGGCCGCAAGUCGUUGUCCGAUAUGAUAUCUCAUGUCAAGGUCAACAUACCGGUUUAUGAGAACAAAGUUCGUCCUGCACGGAAGGAUACACUGGCAUAUCUUGUUUUUUCUAGUGGCACUAGCGGCCUACCCAAGGCUGUAAUGAUCACCCAUGGAAAUGUGAUAUAUUCCAUCUAUCAAGUAUUCGUAAUGGGCAAGGCGGCGGAUCCCAUUUCUUCGCCCAUCGACACGCCGGAAGGCUUACCAAUAACACUUGCAUUCCUUCCUAUGCACCACAGCUAUGGUCUACACGUAUACUGCUUUCGACCCUUUAUAGUCCCCCACACGUAUGUUAUAUUUCCGAAGUGGAACCUAGCGGCCGCUAUGAAAGCUAUACCUAAAUAUCAUGUCACAAACCUCGCGCUCAUUCCUUCGGUCGUACAUCAAAUAGCGACUCAUCCCAAGCUCAAUAAACAAGAUUUAAAGAGCGUGAAAACUGUUGGUUGUGGAGCCGCUUAUCUACCCAAAGAGUUAGCCGACAAAUUUUUAACUACCCUUCCACCCGACGUCGAACUCACCGAAGGCUACGGAAUGUCUGAAGCUACGAUUGCCGCACUCACACUGCCCGCCUCGGGUUCUUUGGGGGGUCGCCUGAAACGGAUCAAAGGUUCUUCAGGCGUUCUACUACCUGGUGUCGAAGCUCGGCUUUUGCGCGACGAUGGUACCGAGGCGGACUUUAAUGAAGUUGGAGAGUUAUAUAUUAAGAGCCACAAUGUUUCUCCAGGCUACUGGAAUAACGAGAAGGCAACCCAGGAGGCGUUUGACGAUGGUUGGCUAAGGACAGGUGAUAAGUUCACCAUCGACAGAGAUGGAUACUUCUUCUUCGCGGAUAGAGCGAAGGACACUCUCAAAGUUUCAGGAUCCCAGGUCUCGCCUGUCGAAAUAGAGGAUGUCCUUUUGGCGCAUCCGGAGGGAUUGAUAUCGGAUGCAACCGUAGCCGGGGUAAGCGGGGGACGGACGUCAGACGAAAAGGUCCCUCGGGCCUGGGUAGUGCUGAGCCCAGCUGGUAAGAAAAAGGGGUCUGCUGAAGUUAUCAAGGCACUUGAGUCGUGGCAUCAAGAGAGCUUGAGCAAAUAUAAGUGGCUUCGUGGGGGCAUCGAGAUUGUGAAGGAGAUUCCGAAAUCACCCACCGGAAAGACUCUGCGCCGUAUUCUGGUUGAUAAGUAUGAGAAACGGAUUGCUAAGCGGAUGAAAAGCAAGCUUUGAAUUAUCUGGUCCGGGACUCGGAAAGAGUCGUUUCGUGCGUGCAUACGCAUGGAUCUGGGAGUGUGCGUGGUCGUAGCCAUUACGGGUCAUUGCGUGGGUGAAUAAGGCUGAAUGAAAUCAUGAAUCACUGUCUUCUAUUGCCUUGUCCGAGGAAGCGUGACACUAGUUCAAGAUCAUCAGGAUGAUGA